AUGACUUGUGCACAUGGAGUUGGAAAUCGAAUGAUACAAGAUAUCUUUCAACAUUCCGGAGAGACAAUUCGUAGACACUUUCAUAGUGUUUUAAAGGCCGUUUGUAAGCUUGCAAGAGAUAUCAUUCAACCACAUCCACAUUAUAAUGAUGGUUGCGAUGCUCACAAGCCAUGUAAACAAAGAUAUCUCCCUUUCUUUAAAGACUGCAUUGGAGCAAUUGAUGGCACACAUGUUAAAGCUAGAUUACCGCAAGGUCAAGAGAUACCAUAUAUUGGACGUAAAGGUUAUCCGACUCAGAAUAUUCUCGCCGUUGUUGAAUUUAAUAUAUGUUUUACAUUUGCAUGGGCUGGGUGGGAAGGAGCAGCUCACGAUAAUCGUAUAUUUACUGAGGCCCUUCGUAGAGAAGAGCUCAACUUUCCACAUCCACGCGGAAACAAAUAUUAUCUAGUUGAUGCAGGAUAUUCACACAUGAAAGGAUACAUGGCUACAUACAAAGGAAAUAAUGUAAGAUAUCACCUAGUUGAAUUUCGCCGUUGUGCAACUCGACAAUUGCGAGAGCCAAGAGGACGCAUUGAGAAAUUUAACUAUUUACAUUCUUCUUGUAGAAAUGUAGUAGAGCGCACAUUUGGCGUUUGGAAAGCAAGAUGGUCUAUUUUGAGAGACAUGCCAUACUAUCACAUUGACACACAAAGGGACAUCAUACUUGCUACUAUGGCCAUUCACAAUUAUAUUAGAAAGAAAUGCAAUAUGGAUGAUGCAUUCCAAACAGUCGAGAAUGAGAGCUGUAUUCCAUCGGUUGAUUCUAAUGAUAUUGUCACAACUUCAAGAGCUAACAAUGUAGAUGUCGAAGAUGUAGGAGAACAAAAUGAUGUCUAUUGGAUGGGGUUUUGUGAUAUGAUUGCUAGUGACAUUUCUAAUGCUUGA